AUUGUGUUUUGCACUCAAUUUGAAUGAAGCGCUCAAUCGUUGCAUUCAUUCAUUGAAUGCCUUUAUGUGUGAAAUGAGUGCGCAUUCAGUCAUACAGUCGUUGAGUGACUCAAUGAAUGGCAAUCAAUCCAAACGUCUUUUACGUUAUGUUUUGCUUCAAAAUGAGAGAUCAGUUCAAGUGAUAGUAUAGUGAUUGUGGUGUCAGUCAUACCACUAGUGAUCCGAUCCAGUCAUGGACUCAGACCUCCAGAUACUGACCCUUCCCUACAAUACGGACCUGUCGUCCCUCUACUCACAAACCAAUAAUAAUAUCGCAAUUGUUUUGAUUGUCUUUCAGUCACUGCUUUUGAUCUCAAUAGUAUUAAUCAGUUUUCUGGUGCCACUGAACGACAAAAGUGUGCAAAAGUAUUUGGCUUUCAAUGAAUCCAAUGAAUCCAAUGAUAAGCUCUUGAGUCCCUAUUCCGUGACAAUCUAUUGUCAUAUCGUCAUAUGGUUUGUAAUACUUGUCAUCCGGUAUUACAUGAGAAGCGUUUACUACCGAAGACUUCGGAUAUUGGGUUACUAUAAACACCACUCUUUGGUCAAAACCCUAUCUCUCAUCCCUUCCCUCGUAUUGCAUAAAACCAAUGCUUUACUCCUACUGUUGUCCACAAUCCUCUAUAUGUACGGACAAAAUGUGGUCAAAAUUGGAGAUAAAAUACAUUUAAAGGCAACCAAUUUUGAACAAAUAAUUAUAACCAUAUCGGUUGCCAUUAUAUCGCCGUUUCUCAUGAAAUGGUUGUACCACGAGAUCCGGUUCCGCAGAGAUCGCAAUCCGCCCGACAUUUUCUGUGUCGAAGAUCCCCAGCAUUUGGUCACAUCGGCCGGACUUAAUGAGAUCGGAGUCAGGCCAUCAUCUUAUUUGGAGGACUUAUUGGAAAAACAGGCGGAUUUGAUAUAUAAUCUCAAACUACAAAAUACUCACUUAAGACAAAUGCUAUAUAAAGUGACCCAAAGGUCCGCACGAGAGUCACUUCAGUCCAGUUGAACACCAGUUGCUUUCAAUAUUUCGACAUUUUUCCAGC